UGACGUCAUGAGCAGACCGUGUGACACAGUGGAGGAAGUAGAGGGAGCUCUCCCAUCAGAGACAACAGAGGGCUGGGAUUUGAUAAACUAAAAGAAGAAAGAAGAAACACGUCGGUAAAUCGGUCUUACGGAACAAGACAAAGCGCUUUAGGUCGCGCUGCUGGCCGCUAGCUUCUCCACGAAGAGCCAAAAUGACGGCGGCGGUGUUUUUCGGCUGCACCUUCAUCGCGUUCGGGCCGGCCAUCGCUCUGUUCCUGUUUACCAUCGCCCGGGAUCCGCUCAGGGUCAUUUUCCUCAUAGCAGGGGCGUUUUUCUGGCUGGUGUCUCUGCUGCUCUCCUCUCUCGUGUGGUUCAUCUCAGUUCAGAUCAGUAACAAGGAGAGUGCGGCGCAGCAGAAAGGUCUCCUUAUCUUCGGCGUGGUGCUGUCCGUCCUGCUGCAGGAAACCUUCCGCUUCGGUUACUACAAACUACUCAAGAAAGCAAAUGAAGGUCUUCUCACUCUCAGUCAGGAGGAAACAAUGCCGAUCUCCAUAAGGCAGCUGGCCUACGUGUCCGGCCUCGGCUUCGGCUUCAUGAGUGGAGCGUUCUCGGUUGUGAACAUCUUGGCUGACUCUGUGGGACCGGGGACGAUCGGGAUUCAUGGAGACUCACAGCACUACUUCCUGUCCUCAGCCUUCAUGACCCUGGCCAUCAUCCUGCUCCACAUGUUCUGGGGGGUCGUCUUCUUCGACGCCUGUGAGAAGCAGCGCUGGUGGGCAGUGGCCGCUGUCGUCAUCAGCCACCUCAUCGUUUCCUGUCUGACUUUCCAGAACCCCCAGUAUGUCACCAGUCUGGUUCCCACCUACGUCAUCUUGUUCCUCAUGGGCAUCUGGGCGUUUUACUCGGCAGGUGGUUCCCUCAGAAACCUCAAACUCUGCCUCACCUGCAAAGACAAGGACUUCCUGCUGGCCAACCACCGGCCCAGAUAACGCAGCACGCCAGGCCGUGUGCAGGACUCUUUAUCCAAAGAUCAUUGAGUUCACACACUGAAACACACACAAACACACACACACACACACACUGAUCACAGCAAAAAGGGAGUGUUCACCCUCUGUUAAUCCUUUAAGACUUAAGUCAUCAUCUUAAGUAUGAAACCCCCAAAUGAAAGAGCAGUGGGAGUGUAAUGACAGAAAGGUACUAAUAUGGGAGAUCGUUUUGAUUCAUGUCCAAUUCAGAAGAUCAGUUUGUAAUGCUGAGUUUAAUUCACAUGCUGAGGUUGUAAAUAUAUCUCUAUCUGGCAGACAGCGCCCCCUUUUUGUUGCCUGACGCUCCGGGUGAACCCACAGAGGAACAAAACCUACAAAAAAAUGAUCGAACUGGCGACACUGUUCACAUCCUGUACAUAAUUCUUCUGACGUUUUCAGCUUUUCUUUGUCGAUUGUGUGAAAUCUUGUAAGAGGUUGGAUUUUAUUUCAUUCAUAAACAAAAACUCUUUGUGUACAUAUUUCUGCAUUUUUUAAUGUCCUCAUGUGGUUAGUGCAAAGUGUCAGACAUUCUCCAGAUGUGGACUCUUUGUCUUCAGUCUGCAUAUAAAAAACGUUGCCUUUGAUUGACAGGAGCUGAGAGGAGAACAUGACCGGUGUUUAUUUGUUUUAUUCAACGCUCACAUUUUUGAUAGUGCGCAAACGUGAUGAGUCAAUUUAAUUUGAAGGAGGAUGAAUUUUAUUGUCUCUAAUUUCGAUGACUGAUUAAUCUUCUGAGGAAUCUCUAAAUCAUGAAAGUCAGCAGUUUCUAGUCUUGUACUCGAAAUCGGUCUUGGUCUCUUGAUCACUUUCUGAAGGUCUCGGUCUCAGACUGGGCGGACUCCAGAUUUUAAACAACACCGCCACUGAUCAGCUAUUUUUCCACGUCAUUACUUUGAUACUAAAGAAAUCCCCCCUUUCUAAAAGAACAAUUAACUUUAAUUCAUUCAUAAUUAGAUUUGUAUCCCCCGGUUACGUCCCGGUCUUAAGGGCUGGAUGAGUGACACGGAGGCAAACAAGAUGAUGAUUUUUCGGUGAUAUUUAUGGUAUUGUCUCGGCCUGGCCCUGUCUUGGUCUUGACCCGGUCUUGAUAACUAAAUGUCUUGGUCUUGUCUCGGUCUCGGGUUUGUCUUGGUUUCAGUGGGUGUUGUUUUGACCACAACACUAGCUGUUUCUGCCUUUUCUGUUUCAUUUAGGAUAGAAAAUGAGGAGUAUUUUUCUCAGAUUAUUUGAGGACAUCAUUUUGGACUCUGUGAAAGAUCAUUAUUCACAUGUAUAGACAUUUUUAACGACUAACAGUAGAAUAAGGAGGACACUCAAACAGUGAAGAGUCUUCAGGGUGUGAGCACAGAAAGAGACCAGAAAGUAAGAACACUCAAUUAUGUCCUUUCAUGUCUUGAUCUGAGAGGAACAGCUGCGUGCAGACCGGCAGCGGACACAUUUCCAGAAAGAUCCUUCGGCAGCGUUCGUGAUGACAUUGAGCGAUUUUAUAGACCAAUCAAACGACCACCGUAGUUAAACAUUGUCCCUAAAAGAUUGUUGUCGCCCAAAUUUGAAUGAAGAGAUUUGCUCAUAUGACCAAAGACAAUGAAACUGAAGUCUGGAUCAGAAGGUACCUGAAGUAAAAGAAAAAGCAGCAGGUUAGCAGACAGUUAAAAGUAUUUAAUACUUUCACUUUGUGCACUCGAACCAACUCGAUUGAAUGAAUGAAUCAUUCUUAAAAAAAAAGUCCUCGAACAUGUGGAGGUUUUUGAUUCAGUGAUCUUUGAAUGUUUUAUUUCUUUGCUGCCUUUUUUAUGUUGUGUUGUGAGACAUUUCUGGAAACGAUAAGACCAAUACCUGGUACAAACAUUGUUUUAUUUAGCAGCUGAUUUUUUUCACUGUUUAUCUUUCUGUACAGUUUGUUAAGCUAAUAAGAUGACGCUCCGCCAUCUUCCAGGAUGGGUUUUUAGCAAGUAGAUAAAGAUGUUAAAAUGAAA